UUUCUUUCAAAAUUAUCAAUUAAUUUUGUUGUUUUGAACCAGCAGCUAGCCAUGAACAAUAAUAAUCAACACAUCGAACCAGCCAUGUCAAUUAACGUUAAACUCGUAAGCGUUCCACACCUAACAAACUACAUUAAUAAUCCAGACCAGCUCCAAACUCGGACCACACCUCUAGAACACAACCCGUUAUACCGUCCUUCAGAUACAUUCUAUCUCACCCAAUCUGACGUCAUCCUACGUCCUACCCUCUACGAUCUCAGUUUAAGAAACAACAAUUCCUCUUCAUCAUCAUCCGCGUACCACCGGGCUGGACCACGGAAAGAAAUAUAUUACGAGCCGCAAAAAGUGCGAGCAGCCAUUGUGACUUGCGGGGGCCUUUGCCCCGGCCUUAAUACGGUUAUCCGUGAACUUGUUGUUGCAUUGUGGGAGCAAUAUGGUGUUAGGGAUAUAUUUGGGAUAAAGGCUGGUUAUCGCGGUUUUUAUUCGACCGAACCGGUUCGGCUUGAUGCGAAAAUGGUUCAUAAUUGGCAUAAGAGAGGUGGGACUGUACUUGAGACCUCUAGAGGUGGUUUUGAUCUUCAUAAAAUCGUUGAUGCUAUCCAAAAUCAUGGAUUUAAUCAGGUAUACAUAGUUGGGGGAGAUGGAACUCUACGCGGAGCUGUGAAAAUUUUCAAUGAAAUUCAACGUCGCAAAUUAUAUGUGGGUGUUGCUGCAAUUCCAAAAACAGUAGAUAAUGACGUGGGAAUCAUUGAUAGGUCAUUUGGGUUUCAGACAGCUGUGGAGAAGGCCCAGCAAGCGAUCAGUGCAGCUCACGUAGAGGCGGAGAGUGCACCAAAUGGUAUAGGCCUUGUUAAACUCAUGGGUCGGAGCACGGGCCAUAUUGCUCUUAGUGCAACCCUAAGCAGCCGUGAUGUUGAUUGUUGUUUGAUACCUGAAAACGAGUUUUACCUAGAAGGAAAAGGAGGUCUGUUUGACUUUCUUGACGACCGACUAAAGCAAAAGGGUCAUGCUGUUGUGGUGGUGGCAGAAGGAGCCGGACAAAAUAUAAUACCAAGAACUGAUGCCCAGAAAGAAGAAAAGGAUGAAUCCGGUAAUCCUGUUUUUUUAGAUGUAGGGGUGUGGUUGAAAUCCGAGUUGAAGAGGUGGUGGGAUAGGGAUCAUAAAGGCGAGUUGUUUACAGUCAAGUAUAUUGAUCCUACGUACAUGAUCCGUGCAGUUACACCAAAUGCUACCGAUAAUCUUUACUGUACACUCCUGGCACACUCGGCUAUUCAUGGGAUAAUGGCUGGGUACACGGGGUUUGUAGCUGGUCCGAUUAAUGGAAACUAUGCAUAUAUUCCAAUGGAUGAGAUUUCUGAAACCAAAAAUCAAGUCAACACCAGCGACCAUAACUGGGCUUGGGUCAGAUCUGUCACUGCACAACCUGAUUUUCAAAGGACUUGAACCCUUUUGUGGUUCUCUUGCAAAACAUAAUGUGGGAUGAAGUUGAAUCAUAGCAUCAAUAUUCUUGUUAAUUGACGGUAAAAGAAGAGAAUACUGUAAGCCUUUGUAUACGUAAUGUGUUUAGAUUUAAG